AUCACAUCAGUGGACAAGACACAUUUGAUUUCUGUCAGGCUGUAGGACAAUCACUCGGGAUGACGCACCAGUCCCCCACACUCUCCGAGGCGCAGAAGAAGGAGCUACAUGAGACUGCUCUACGCAUAGUUUCUCCAGGAAAGGGCAUCCUGGCUGCAGAUGAAUCUGUGGGCAGCAUGGCUAAGCGCCUGGCCCAGGUGGGGGUGGAGAACACAGAGGAGAACCGCAGACAGUACCGGCAGAUUCUCUUCAGUGCAGAUGAUCGCAUCAACGGCUGCAUCGGAGGGGUCAUCUUCUUCCAUGAGACGCUGUACCAGCACUCUGAUAACGGCGUUUCCUUUGUCAAAAUGAUCAGGGAAAGGGGCAUCAUGGUCGGCAUCAAGGUGGACAAAGGCGUCGUACCUCUGGCAGGAACCUGUGGAGAAACCACCACGCAGGGUCUGGAUGGAUUGUCAGAGCGCUGUGCGCAGUAUAAAAAGGAUGGAGCUGUGUUUGCAAAGUGGCGCUGCGUGCUUAAAAUCAGUGACACCAAUCCAUCGAAACUGGCAAUCACAGAAAAUGCUAAUGUUCUUGCGCGCUACUCCAGCAUCUGCCAGCAGCAUGGCAUUGUGCCCAUCAUAGAGCCGGAGAUUUUGCCUGAUGGAGAUCAUGACCUGAAACGCAGCCAGUAUAUCACUGAGAAGGUCCUGACAUCAGUCUAUAAGGCCAUGUCGGACCACCAUGUGUACUUGGAAGGCACUCUCCUCAAACCCAACAUGGUCACCGCUGGACACAGCUGCCCCACUAAGUACAGCCCAGAGGAGGUUGCUAUGGCAACUGUAACCAGCUUGCGCCGCACUGUCCCCCCGGCGGUCACAGGAGUGGCUUUUCUCUCAGGUGGUCAGAGUGAAGAAGAGGCCUCUGUUCACCUCAAUGCCAUCAACAACUGCCCUCUGGCCAAACCCUGGAUCCUAACGUUCUCCUUCGGCCGAGCCCUGCAGGCGUCUGCCCUCAGAGCAUGGAGAGGACAUAAAGAGAACGAGAAAGCCGCCACUGAGCAGUUCAUCAAGAGAGCAGAGGCCAACAGUCUGGCAUGUCAGGGGAAAUCCACUGGUGGGGAUAACUAUGGCGAGUCUGGCCAGCGCAGCUAUGGCUCCUGUCAUGCAUACUGAGAAGCCAUGUUUCCAUAAGCACCGUGUUGUCUUUCAUCACCAUAGCAAAGAGGAAUUGUAAUGUGGAUAAUUAGGUGAUCUCAGAAUUCGGACUCUCGUGAUGAUGUUGAAUAAAAAACAAGCGUGUCUCUUUGCCUUGACAAAGGAGGACAAUCAGAACAUUGCCUGGAUAUUUCUAAUGCAUGUUGCGGGGAUGUUUGCUUUACUUUUGUUAUGGAUGUACAUGCUCUUGUGACAGUGCAAUCUUGCAUUUACU